UAUAAUAGUUCUGAAUCUAUUUUAAUGUAAUUUUAGUAAUGUUGUCAUGCGCCUUUUUUAUUUGUAUUCGUUUUGGGACUUUUAAACAUAACUAUGUGGGUUUAUUUUAUUUUUAUUUCAGUUUUAGCUUUUAUUUUUUUAAUAGUUAUUCAUUUUAGUGCUUCAACAUUUGCAGUUUGUUGCCAGUUCUCUUUUUCGUUUAGUUUUUCAUCUAACAUUUAUGAUUUAUUUAAUUUCAGCUUUGUUUAAAUUUACAAAAAAUGCUUUUAAUAGUUUUAGGUAACUGUAAAAAAUAGUAACAACUGCAAAUAAUAAUAAUUUAAAUAUAUAUUUACAAUCCUAAAUUAUAUGUACAUCAAACCAAACCUCACAAUAAUAACAUAUUUUAUCAUUCUGGCUCCCGGUUUUACAGACAAGGCUUAAGCUCAGUCACGGACUAAAAGUCUGAGCUGUUUCAAGUGAAAGAAACUUGCACUAGCUGAUCUGAAAACAGGUCAGUGCCUUUGUUUUGUCUCAAGAUGCACACCAAAAAGUUUUUGAUAAAAAUGACGUAAAUCUCCAAACUGAACCACGGACAAAUGGUCGUAAUCUAAACCCUGUCUGUGAAAGCAGGUCUGAAUGUGCACAAUGAGAUGCGUUAAAAUCUGACAGAACGGCGUUCGGACUUUUAUUUUGAAAGGAGGAAAUGACGUGUCGCGCCCAGCGCCUGUUCAUCCGAAUGAAAGACACAAAGUUUUCGGUACGGAAGCGACGAAUGGUGUGUACUUAACCCCGAAACUAACCAACCCUCACACUAACCUGCCGGAGAUUUGAAAGCAGCCCCUGUCGACUGAACCGUGAACUUAAAAAGCAGCUCUCAGCAACACAGUCGCGCGUUCUGAGGAGUGUGACUGCGCCGCAUGCGCAUGCGCCUGCGCAGAUGGACAGCGUGAGCAGCCACAGCGUGUACGUGCUGCAGCAGCUGCAGGAGCAGCGCAUCCAGGGUCUGCUGUGCGACUGUAUGCUGGUGGUGAAGGGCGUCUGCUUUAAAGCGCACAAGAACGUGCUCGCGGCCUUCAGCGCGUACUUCAGGUCCCUGUUCCAGAACUCACCUGCGCAGAAGAACGAUGUCUUCCAUCUGGCCAUUCAAGACGUGGGCGGCAUCGGGCAGGUGCUGGACUACAUGUACACCUCACACCUGGAGCUCAACCAGGACAACGUGCACGCGCUCAUGGAGAUCGGACAGAGUCUGCAGGUGCUGAACAUCCUGAACAUGUGUCAGGCGUUCCUGAAGCCCUGCGUGUCGACCGAGGCGUCUUUCUCUCUUCCCGCCGACGCGGCUCACGAUCAGGACUGCGCGUUGGGAGGAUCGUUACCGGCAGACGCGGAUCUGCACAAACACCUGCUGGACGAGCAGCAGCGGACGGACCGGCAGCCGCCGCACGGGUACAAGCUCAGGAACUUCUACACCAGACAGUACCUGAAGCAGAGCGCCGGCCAGAGCUGCAGCUUCCCACCGGAGGAGCCGCCUCACAGCAGCGUUCCCGCGACAGACUCCGCCCGCCCGUGCGGCUCGGACGCCGACGCCGCCGCCGCCGCCGCCGCCCCGCGCGUCCUGCGGCCGAAGAAAGCCGUUUACCUGAAGAAGUUCAACUACCUGCGCUCGCACGUCAGCGCGGAGGACGAGGAGGUCGAGCGUUGCGCCGGAGCGGACGCGCCGUGUGACCCGCGGGAGGCCGCGCCCACUCACCCCGCCCUCGCCGGCGCGGACGCCGCCGCCUCUGACCUCUCCGUGACCUCUGACCCGGCAGAAGCGUCCGAGUUGAAGACGACACCUGCGGCGGAGCCCGACGACCCCAGAGGUCACGACGAGAGGUCAGAGGUCAGCAGCGGGAAUAAGUACUGCUGUGAGGUUUGCGGGAAGACGUUCAAGCAUCCCAGCAACCUGGAGCUGCACAAGCGCUCACACACAGGUGAGAAGCCGUUCCAGUGUAACGUGUGCGGGAAAGGAUUCUCUCAGGCAGGAAACCUGCAGACGCACCUGCGCAGACAUUCAGGAGAGAAGCCGUACAUCUGCGAGCUCUGCGGGAAGAGUUUCGCAGCGUCCGGAGACGUCCAGCGCCACAUCAUCAUCCAUUCGGGAGCGCGGCCGCACCUGUGUGACAUCUGUGGACGAGGCUUCAGUAACUUCAGCAACCUGAAGGAGCACAAGAAGACGCACAGCACAGAGAAGGAGUUCACGUGCGAGCAGUGCGGCAAAUCCUUCAACAUGCAGAGGAAGCUCUUCAAACACAAGCUCCGCCACAGCGGAGACAAACCCUACUGCUGCCAGACCUGCGGUGAGCCCUUCGUCAGCGUCCGCCGCUCUCUGAUUGUCUGUACUGUGCAGAGCACUAAAGAAUUCACCUGUGUGUUCGCAGGCAAGUGUUUCGCGGGGUCGGGCGAUCUUCAGCGUCACGUGCGCUCUCACACGGGCGAGCGGCCGUACACGUGUGACACGUGCGGUAAGAGUUUCACACGCACCGCGGUUCUGCGCAGACAUCGCAGCUCCCACUGCAGGCCCGCAGACGCAGGAGUCUCUCAGUCAGCGCCGGUCCAGCCCACAUCCUCCUCCUCCUCCACAUCUGCUGCGUCUCUGGACAGACCCCACACUGCUCCUCACUGCAGCCUGACGCCCGGCGCCUCCUGCAGGAGCACAGAGGGACUGAGCAGCAGCGGAGCGCUGUGGGGACGCGCCAUGAAAACACUGCAGAACGACACCGACAUGGAGCAGUGAACUUCCUGUCAUGUGACCGCCAGUGUUUCUCUCAGGGACGGCGUGCAGUGUCAAACUCUCCAUUAAACGUUAUUUAUGAACGCACUGGAGUGAUUCUUGCAUCACGUGUGUCUCAGUGAUAUAAAUAAGCACGAUGACUGUACACGUUUCUGUGUUCAUGAUGACAAUUACUGAACAAACCUGCUUCACUGAUUGGUCAGACUCAUCCAGACUCUUUUAAACAUGUUGGAUACUGGUCAAAAGUGUGAAAUAAUUAAGACUUCUUAAUGUUUAUUAAUUAUACUUAGCAUUUGUGUGAUCAAAAAUACAGUAAAAUAUGUAUAUAUUGGAAUUUAAAUCAGCUGUUUUCUAUGUGAAUAUCUGUUAAACUGUAAUUUAUUUCUGUGAUGUGCAGCUGAAUUUUCAGCAUCAUUACUCCAGUCUUCAGCGUCACAUGAUCCUUCACAAAUCAUUCUAAUAUGCUGAUUUGCUGCUCAACAAACAUUUAUGAUUAUUAUCUGUGAUACAUUUUAUUUUUGAGGAUUCACAGAUGAAUAGAAUAUUCAAAAGAACAGCAUUUAUUUGAAACAGAAAUCUUUUCUAAUGUUAUAAAUGUCUUUACUGUCACUUUGGAUCAAUUUAAUGCAUUCUUAAUAAAUAAAAGCAUUUAUUUUGGUUUUUAUUCAUCAUAAUCAGAAAUGUUUGUUGAGCAGCAAAUCAGCAUAUUAGAAUGAUUUUGGUCUUGCAUUUUUCUUGAAAAGACAGAGGAGAUAUGAUAGGAAGCAAGUAGGACAGGGUCGGGAAGGUCCCCAAGGCAGGACUUGAAAUCGGGACACCUGAAGCGCAGCUGCGCCACAUGUCAGGACACUGCCCACAAGGCUGUCGGUGCGGCAGCAUAUUAGAAUGAUUUCUGAAGGAUCAUGUGACGCUGAAGACCGGAGUAAUGAUGCUGAAAAUUCAGCUGCGCAUCACAGAAAUAAAUUACAGUUCCACAGAUAUUCACAUAGAAAACAGCUGUUUUAAACUGUAAUAAUAUUUCACUGUUUUUCCUGUAUUUUUGAUCCAAUAAAUGCAGCAGAAGAGACUUUUUCCAUAAACGUCACCUUCCUGACUAUUCACAUCAGUUGACUGCCAUUUUUUUUUUAAGUUCAAUGAAGAAUGACAAAAUUUUUACAAAGAAUAAUUAUUUCUGCUUACCUUCUCAGAGUCAGAGAUGGACAUGAACGUCACGUAACGGAGGACAGUCGAGUCAGAAGGCUUUAAUUAAUGUGUGUCGAUGACUGGAAAACAUUCCGAGAAACGCACAUCCAGUCAUUCACUCCUCACAUCACUACACGCCUCCAUCAGCUGGGGAUCAAUUCAUUGACUUUAAUUAGUCGACAUCUAUUACACUUCAAUAAAUAAAGCAGGAUGUGUGUCCACAAUAACAAGAAAGCAGUUACACACAUUUAAUCUACAGGUUAGGGUGCAAUGUUUCUGAGAUCUGCUCAAAUAAAGUGCAUACCAUAUGUCCGCAUCAUACAUAUUUAGGUUAUUUAAGCCUUCUUAUAAUUUGAUAAAACUAAUCUUAAGAGCCCUGUAUUGUGAAAAUAACUAUAGAAUGUGUCUGGACAAAUUUAGCAGGAUUGUUUUCAGAACUGAAGAUCUUCCCUCAAAUCUCGUUUGCUCUCGUUCCUCACGUCAUGAAGGGUGUUACAGGGAUUCUAGCAAUGAUGGGGGUUUUUACUGUGGUAAAAUCACUGUAAGUAACUGUGAGCUCACUGGAGCAGAUUAUUGUUCUGCAGA